CAAACGCUUGUUAUAGUUAUGUAAACAUAAUUUCGCGGAUUUUUUUUACACGAACCCGCACGAGCGAAAUACUUUGUUUGUUAGACUGGAAAAUGCCUGAGGGUCCAGAAAUUCAUUUAUCCAGCCAUUUUAUAAAUUCAGUGUGUAAGGGCCGACUGUUUGGACCAAUAUCAAAGUCAGAGAUAAGUAAAAACCCGCCAGUGGCAACCCCUUUUGAAAAGUUUACCAUCACAGCCUCGUCUCGCGGCAAAGAACUGAAGGUAUCACUUCUGGAAAACUUAAGUGGAACUGGCAAACUAGAUAUACUAUUCACAUUUGGACUUGCAGGCAAAUUUGACUGGAUCGAUGCCGAUAGGUUGGAAAAGCAUUCCCAUUUAAACUUCAUAACUUGUGAUGAUCAACCAAAGAAGGCCCUUAGCUUUAUAGACUACAUGAGGUUUGGCAAGUGGGUACCAGGAGCCGACUUCAGCUUUAAAGAGAGAGGCCCAUGUCCACUGUUAGAGUAUUCAGAUUUCAGAAAACAUGUGUUGAGUAAUCUGUCAAAUGCUGCUUUCAACAAACCCAUCUGUGAAGCAUUACUUAACCAGAAAUUCUUCAAUGGUAUUGGGAAUUACCUUAGAGCAGAGGUUUUGCAUAGGGCAAACAUUCCCCCUUUUGUAUGUGCUAGGACUGUCUUGGAAAGUUUGUCUGAAAAUGCUGUAGUGAAAUCUGAAGAGCCUGAUCUUCUACAGCUUUGUUCAGUUUUACAACAGGAAGUGGUACAGUUAGAAGGAUCCUGGUAUGAUGGCUCAGACCUCAAUGACACAAGCAAUGCCUUCAACAGCUGGCUGCAGUGCUACUACAAGGAGGGCAUGAAGAACACUGUGGACCACAACAAGAGGACCAUCUGGUACUCUGGACCUCUCGGACCAAUGGCUCCAAAGGAUGGGAAGGUGAGAGCAAGGAAAGUCUCUAAGAAAAAGAAAGCCAAAGAUGAAGAACAUGAGGGAAAUGUAAAAGAAGAAAAAGCUGAUGGGGAAAUAGAACUGGUUAUCUCAGAUGAGGCCUCUAAAUCAAGAAGCAAGAGAGCUAAAGGCAAAAAGAGGACAGAGCAAAUCAAAGUCAAGACUUCUGCUCAGGAUUUUACUGGGAAUAAGAAUACCAAACACCAGCAACAAGAAGCAUUCAAAGCUGUUGAAGAUUUCACUGAUGGUAUCCAAAAACCUGCAUCCAAGAGAAGGAAGAAUGUUGUUGAAAAGAAGUCAGAACCAAGCAAUGAAAAGCAAUCUUCAAAAGACCGAUCAAGAAAACGAAAGGUGACGUCCACAUCUAACAUAAAAAAUGAAGAAAAAGAGUGUUCUGAAGCAAAUGAUUCUAAACAGAACCUGUUGCCAUCAAAAGCACUGCAAAGUGGUGGGCUUGAAGAAACAGGACAGCCUAACGAUGUAGAAGAUUCUAGUAAAAAGAAAAAGAAAAGAAACACCAAACCUCGAACAGCCCCCAAUAGUAAGCCAGUUCUGACCGAUGAUGCACCAGAUCGACCCAGCAGUGCCAAAAGGUCGCGGCUUUCAAGGAACACACUUCAAAGGUCAAGGUCAAAAUCCAGAAGGUGACACUGAAAAUUCAGAUGAAGGAGUUCCAAGGACCAGUAUCAGAACAAUGAAUGUUAACACUUGUUGUUACACCAGUUAUUAGAAAUCAGAAUUUCCAUCAUAAAAAAGUAUAAUGUUUGGUUUAAUACAGAUUUUUGUUUGGAGGACAAGAAACUGACAUGAUCAUGUUUACGAUUGCUGCAGUGGACACUCUGAAUAAGAAAUGUUGUGUUAUAGAUUCUUAGCGCUACUGUUGCUGACAAUACUUUAUGGAAAAGGGAUUGUUUUAUGUAAUUGUGCUUUCAAAUGAUACAGAUCUAAAAACUAUCACUAUGCAAACACAUUGACACAAUAUCUUGAUGUCAUAUUAAGGAAUAUUGAAGGAUCAAUAGUUAUAAUUAGGAUCUCUUAAACUUUUUAACAAACUAAAUAGCGUAAUCUUUAAGUUUAAAUGAUGCUGAUUUUUGUAUCAACCUAUCUUUGUCCACUUUAGAUAUUUUAAAUUGAUAUGGUUUGCCUUUUGAUAUGAUUUUUUAUGGGUAAGUUUUGUUUUGAACCACAUAUCGGAUUUCUUUCUUCACAAUAAUCACAGCUCAGAGUUGGUCUAGUUGGGCUGAGCAGCAUGAUUCUUUUAAAAUGAAGUCAAUGUAAACAAAUUGAUACUCUUAAUAAUAGCAUAGUAUUUGUAGUAUGUGUUUCUCAGCAACUAAUGACCGGAAUUCAAUGAAACUUUAUGGGAAGCUUCACUACCAAGAGGAGAUGUGCAUAUUAUCAGCGGGUUCUGGUCGGAUGAUUUUUCACAGAGUUAUGGCCCUUUGAAAUUUUCCAUUAACUGUACAUAUAGUGCAAUUAUUGUCCGGGCUAUUUCUCAGCAACUAAUGACCGGAAUUCAAUGAAACUUUAUGGGAAGCUUCACUACCAAGAGGAGAUGUGCAUAUUAUCAGCGGGUUCUGGUCGGAUGAUUUUUCACAGAGUUAUGGCCUUCGAAAUUUUCCAUUAACUGUACAUAUAGUGCAAUUCUUGUCCAGGCUAUUUCUCAGCAACUAAUGACCGGAAUUCAAUGGAACUUUAUGGGAAGCUUCACUACCAAGAGGAAAUGUGCAUAUUAUCAGCGGGUUCUGGUCGGAUGAUUUUUCACAGAGUUAUGGCCCUUUGAAAUUUUCUAUAAAAAAAUUCUUGUCCCCCCCAACUACUCUGCCCUCAAGACGUUACCUUUUAUCUGAAUAUAUAGUGCAAUAUUGUGACAAAAAAAACGUUGGGGAGCAUCACCCGUCUCCGACGGUUUCUUGUCUUGACUAUAUUUUCAUUGGGUUAUUGCUUUAUUUCAGAAUGUAUUGAUUUUCUGAGUAUAAAUACAUUCAAUAUCACGGAAAUCUUCCGUUUUAUGUGCAAUUGAACAUUUUUAGAUAUGAUAACUGUGUUUUUUUUAGAAGUGGUAGUUGCAGUAGCAGUAGACGCAGAAACAUUAGUAAGAGUAGAAGUUGUUGUUGUCGUGCAGUAUUUUACUAGCCCUAGGAAAGAAGUAUAAGAAGUACUUGUAGAACUAAGAAGUGUGUCAGACUUAACAGAAUUUCUGCAUGGUCGGUGGUCUUAUUUACGUUUAUUUUAAUAUAAUAAUAUGCAUCAAGCAAAUAUAAUAAUUUUGUGUUCGCGUAAAUUUUCGUUAUUAAAUUAAAAAAAAUCUUA